CAAGCCACCCCGGAGCGGAACCAAGUCCCACCUAGAGGCUCCGUGCCAGGCGCGAACUUUUCUCCCGGACCGAGGGACUGAACUUGGCCUGAACCCCUGGGGAGGACUCAAGGCACCCGUAGCCAGCACCGGGCUGAGGUGCUGCGGCCGGCCUGGGGGACAGCGGUCGGUGGCAGAAGACACCAAGAAAAGUGGGAACAGAGCUUGGGGGUGAGUGAAGGGAGUUCGGCUCGCAGUUUUUACGCAGGCUCGGGUCUCCGUGUCUUCUGGGGUGGGCCUGGGCAAGUGCCCUGUCAGCUCUAAGGGAGCAGCCGAGGCCACUGUCCCUUAAGACUGCCGGGGUCCUCAGCACCUGUCUCGGGCUCCAGGAGAGGCUGUGGUCAUGGUGAAUGAAGAGCCCAACCAACAGGAGCACGAUGGCAGCUCUGCGCAGGAGCCUGCCCUGCGCGCGGAUCCCAGCGCCUCGGCCCACCCCAGCGUGUCGGCCCACGCCAGCGUCUCCAUUCACCCCAGCGUGUCGACCCACCCGAGCGUGUCGCCCCACCCCAGCGUCUCCAUUCACCACAGAGUGUCGGCCCACCCGAGCGUGUCGGCCCACCCCAGCGUCUCCAUUCACCCCAGCGUGUCGGCCCACUCAAGCAGUUCUGCCCACCCCAGAACCUUGGCCCAGCCCGGUGGCUUGGCCUACCCCAGUAGCUCGUGCCCCGAGGACCGUAGCGUGAUCAAGGUGAGCAAGCGUCGCUGGGUGGUGGUCCUGCUGUUCAGCUGCUACUCCAUGUGCAAUGCCUUCCAGUGGAUCCAGUACAGCUCCAUCAAUAACAUCUUCAUGAACUUCUACGGGGUCAGUGCCUUUGCCAUCGACUGGCUGUCCAUGUGUUACAUGCUGACCUACAUCCCUCUCAUCCUGCCCGUGGCCUGGUUGCUGGAGAAAUUCGGCCUGCGCACCAUCGCCCUCACUGGCUCUGCUCUCAACUGCCUGGGGGCCUGGGUGAAGUUGGGGAGCCUGAAGCCACAUCUCUUCCCAGUCACCGUCCUAGGCCAGAUCAUCUGCUCUGUGGCCCAGGUCUUCAUCCUGGGCAUGCCCUCCUGCAUUGCUUCUGUCUGGUUUGGGGCUAAUGAGGUCUCAACGGCCUGCUCCAUAGCUGUCUUUGGCAAUCAGGUGGGUCAAGGAGUUGGCGGGUGUUCAGAGGAAUGGGCAUCAUAUCAUUGUGAAGCUCACUGUGUUGGGUUGUACCUGAGGGCACCUAAGUGUGUGGGAGCCUGUGGUUUUCUGACCUCAGCAGUGUUUGUGACCCUGGGGGACUUCAUGGCUGGGCGGGAGGGUGGGGUCAUGGGGAUUUACAGUGAUCUCUCUGUUCCUUUCCUUUCAGUAUUCAAGGAGAAGCCUAAACAUUCCCCCAGCAGGGCCCAGUCCCUGAGUUAUGCCUUGGCAUCCCCUGAUGCUUCGUACUUAAGUUCCAUUGUCCGGAUCUUCAAAAACCUCAACUUUGUGCUGCUCGUCAUCACCUACGGUCUGAAUGCUGGUGUUUUUUAUGCCUUGUCCACUCUGCUGAAUCGCAUGGUGAUCUUGCACUACCCGGGGGAAGAAGUGAAUGCUGGAAGAAUCGGCCUGACCAUCGUCAUUGCAGGAAUGCUUGGGGCUAUGAUCUCAGGCAUCUGGCUGGAUAGGUCCAAAACCUACAAGGAGACAACCCUGGUGGUCUACAUCAUGACCUUAGUGGGCAUGGUGGUGUACACAUUGACCUUGAACCUGGGAUAUCUGUGGGUCGUGUUCAUCACCGCUGGCACAAUGGGCUUCUUCAUGACUGGCUACCUCCCGCUGGGAUUUGAGUUUGCUGUGGAGCUGACAUACCCAGAAUCAGAAGGCAUGUCGUCCGGCCUCCUGAAUGUGUCUGCCCAGGUAUUCGGGAUCAUCUUCACCAUCUCCCAGGGCCAGAUUAUUGACAACUAUGGAACCAUGCCUGGGAACAUCUUUCUCUGUGUUUUCCUCACCCUUGGAGCGGCCCUCACUGCAUUCAUUAGGGCAGAUCUUCGGAGGCAGAAAGCAAACAACGAAACUCCUGAGAAUAGCACGUCACUGUUGUCACAGUCUGCUGAGCAUCGCCCACUCCUUGGAUCCUGAGACGAGUCCUGAGACCCUGGCUGCACUGCUUUCAGCCUGGGGUCAGUGGCUGGAGAGGAAAGGUGGGAGCCUGCCUCGACCACGGUGGUGGUGGCCCCGAGGCAGUGGUCCUCCUGGCGUGUUACAGCCCCUUAGGCAGUGCCAUGGGGAUGGAGGGACUGGAGCCCGUGCAUUUCCAGCAAGGCUCUAAAAGGGCAAGUCAGGGAGUAGGAGCUGAUGGUGGCAGAAGGGGGAGGACUAGGAGUAUGAUUUAGAACAGAGAAGAGUUUCCCAUCUGCUUUAAUCAGCUAGGGACUAUUCUAACCAAAAUGUUAGGUAUCAAAUCUGAGCCAGGAUGAAAGCAAUUUCAAAUCUGAGGAGGAAAAGUGGGAUAUUACUUAAAAAACAAAUAAGCCACCCAAAACCUAUUACAGAGGGGAUACAUGUUCUUUGUAGGAAAGCUAAAAUACAGAAAAGUAUACAAAAUUUAAAAAUCGUCCUGUAAUAUCAUCACCUAGAGAUGAAAUGCUGGUUUUUUUGCAAUUACUUACAUGUCUAUAUCUACAUAUAAUAUGUAUAUAUAUAUAUCUGUAUAUAUUUAUACAUGGAUAUGUAAAUAUUUUUAAAACAAAAAUGGGAUCUUCUAUCUGCUUUUUUACUUGUGAACACCUCAUCAGGUCAUUUUUCUUUUACAACAUACUUCUAAUUACAACACAGUGUUUUAAUGAGUGCACAUGGGUAAACCAUGAUUUAACAGUCUUGCUGUCUGUGGACAUUAAGGUUGUUCUCAAUCAUUGUUACAAAUAGUAUCAUGAUUAAUGUCCUGGAAGCUGAAUCUCUGUGCAUGUUCUCAAGCACAGUAUUUCCUUGAGAAACGGAUCAGUGGUCAUGCAUAUUUUGGAGAUCUUGAUAUGUAUUGCCAAACUGUUGUCGAAAAAGGAACACCAACACUAUCAAUUUAUAUUGCUAUAGCUCUGUAGGAGAGCCAACACUGAGGCUUUAUCAUUUUGGAAAACUUUGCCAAUUUUCUAAGGCAAAAAUGGUAUGUGAAAGAGUUAUAUUUAGUAUUGUAAGGACAUAUGUCGGCAGAUGGAUGAUAAGCUGUCAUUGAUUAUUUGUCUUCUGGUCUCACACUCUGGAAUUGGCAGGCUGCAGCAGGUAGCAUGUGGAGGGCGGAGCCUUCCACAGGAAACUAAGUGGGGAGACAGGGAAGGCAGCAGAAAUGCUGUUCUCUAGACUGGUGUGAGGACCCUGGCGUUACCACCACGAGUAUGGGCUUUCACUUGGGCCAGAUACAAGGAGACAUAAGGGUUUGGAAUAUAUAGCGAGCCUAGGAAAAAGGUGCCUAUAAUAAAACAGGAGAGAUUUCUCGUGAGAAGGUUUCAAUUUGGAAUGUGACACAUUGUAUCAAGUGAUAGGAGAUUUUGCUGUUUACUUUGUCAUCUGUGUUUAUGUUGGCAGAUACAGGCAAACGGGAAGAAAGAAAAGGUCACCUAUAAUCCUAGCACCUGGAGAUAACCUAGUAACAUUGUAGUCCAUCGUUCAGGGUUGUUUUCUGUGGGUCUCCUGGUGCAGGUGGGGUUCCUAGCCUGCUUGUUUACUUAACAGUAGUUUGACAACCUUUCCACAGUUACAUUCUACCACUUCAUAUCUACAUAUAUGUAUUUCCAUUUCCUCUUGUUUAAUAUUUAGGUGGUUCCAAUAUUUCACUGUUCUUGCAGCCGUAUCUUGGUGCACAGGGACCAGGUUUGUUAAUUGAGGUUGGAGUUGUUGGCUCAGUCAUCUUCUAUAUGGAGUAUUGGAAAUAGCACUGAGUAGGAGUAGGAGACAAAUCCGGGGAUGGUACUCCAAAGUCUGUGUCCCUGGAUGACUCACCAUGUGUCUUUGAACCUCACUCGCACCUGGGGAAGCUUCUGGUUAUGGGAAGGUCAGAAUCAUGGUGGGCUCACACCCAGGGAAGCCAGGGCUGUCACAGAGCUUCCCUCCUCUGGAGCCCACCAUUACAUGCCCCAUGGCAGUCAGCAUAAUUGAGACCUGGCCAUGGGCACAGAAAGUCAUUAUCAGAGCCAGCUGAGGACAGGGUGCCCAACAGAUGUGGCCAGAGCUGCUCUUUCUAAUCAGUGAGAUACACAGUUCUGGUAAAAAAAAAA